UCCUUAGGAUAGGGGAUAAGUUGCUCACCACUGAGUCACCACUGGACUACUCCUUUAAGUUUUUUUUUGCAUGUACGUGUAGGCACGGCUUUGUCUCCGUUCAGUGUCUGGGCCUGGUACGGCAACAUUUUUGAACAUAGUCCCAUUCAAGGCAAGGGACUAUGCCGCAAUACCAGGCAGAGCUACUACCAAAUGUACGCCGCUGUUCCAGGUAAACAAUGGAGGGGAUGCGGCACAUGUUAGGGCACUGUGGCCUCUUUCAGCCAGCUAACCGGUGAGAGUGCCAGGAGAUGGAACCCCACAAUCUAACACUGAUGGUUCAUACUAAGGACAGUAGGAAAAAAAUGCGGCGUGGCACUCACCUGGUAUCGUGCAAAUAUGGAGAGACUUUAUUGAAGGUCCCUUAUUGAUGAGAUGUGAAUAAUAUAAAAUGGAUAAAGAAAUUGACAUAUUAAAAAGUGAGGAGAGUGAACUAUGGGAAAACAUUGAAGCCAACAGGAAUAUGCUCAGCCGCUACAUCAAUCCUGCAAAGUUAACUCCGUAUUUACGGCAAUGUAAGGUGAUUGAUGAGCAGGAUGAGGAAGAAGUUCUCAACUCUGUGCUGUUGUUAUCAAGGACCACCCGCUCAGGGCGGCUCCUGGAUAUACUUCAUACAAAAGGACAACGAGGUUAUGUUGUCUUCUUGGAAAGUCUAGAAUUUUAUUACCCUGAACUCUACAAGUUAGUAACAGGAAAAGAACCAACCAGAAGAUUUUCCACAAUAGUUGUGGAAGAAGGACAUGAAGCUCUCACACAGUUCCUCAUGAAUGAAGUCAUAAAAUUACAGCAACAGUUAAAGACGAAAGAAGUGCAAAAGAUUGAACUGCUGGCUAACUCAAGACUUCUGGAGGAUGAGCGGAAACAGUUAAAGCUGGUGAACCUAGAACUGAUGGCCUUUCAGGAUCGUUACAACAAAAUGAAAGAAGAGCGAAACAACUGCAACGAUGAGUUAAUCAAAGUGAAGGAUGAAAAUUAUACUAUAGCGAUGAGAUAUGCUCAGCUUAGUGAGGAGAAAAACAUGGCUGUCAUGAGAAGCCGGGACUUACAACUUGAGAUUGACCGUCUAAAGCAUCAUUUAAAUAAAGUAGAGGAAGAGUGCAAACUGGAAAGAAACCAAUCUCUUAAACUGAAAAAUGAUAUCGAGAAUCGACCUAAGAGGGAACAAAUGAUGGAACUUGAGCGUGAAAAUGAAAUGUUAAAGACAAAAAUGCAAGAGUUUCAGUCAUUACUUCAGGAUGGAGGUCAUAGUCUACCUGAUUCAGACAAAGCCAUAGUUGAUAUCCUUGAACAUGAUCGUAAAGAGGCUCUCGAAGAUCGGCAUGAACUGGUGAAUAGAAUAUUUAAUCUUCAGGAAGAAAUACGUCAAGCUGAAGAUCUGAGGGACAAGUAUUUGGAGGAGAAAGAGGACUUGGAGUUAAAGUGUUCUACUCUGGCAAAGGACUGUGAAAUGUACAAACACCGUAUGAACACCGUUAUGGUACAGUUAGAGGAAGUAGAAAAGGAACGGGAUCAGGCAUAUCGUGCCCGUGAUGAAGCCCAGACACAGUGCUCCCAAUGCCUAAUAGACAAAGACAAGUACAGAAAGCAGAUACGAGAGCUAGAAGAGAAGAAUGAUGAACUUAGGAUUGAGAUGGUUAGAAAAGAGGCAAGAAUUGUGAAUCUGGAAUGCAAACUAAGAAGAGUACUAAAAGAUGGAGUUGCUUUGGAUCAGAGUUUGCCAAGAAAUCUUCACAUCAUCAUGCCCCCGAGCUCAAAGACAAAUGGUCAGGAUGCUGAAGACUCGUCAGAUUCUAUGGGAUCUCCAGAUGAUAAAUAUUUCUUCAAUGACGUCUCCAAGAAAAAGAGAAGAAUGAACAUAAAGGGCAUUCCACAAAUCCUAAGAUCAAAGUCUCCAAUUUUCAAUAAGCAGAAUGAAUUUCAAGCUGCUGAGGAUCCGGAUAACCGGGCACACUACAAGAAUGGUCAGACAGAUACAGCAUUCCAUAGAUCUGGUUCAUUCAGCAACACCCCUAUCCACAGUAAUGAUAUUCCCAAGCACAUAUUUAUAAAUCGUAGUUAUAGUAUCAUGUCUACAACACCAGAGCCCCCCGGGAAUGACUCCAUCGUAAGAAGAAGCAAAGAAGAUGGACUUGCAUACAGCCCUGCUGAUGACGACAAUGACAGCAUAGAACCAGAUGAUGAAUUCCAUGAUCAAUUCUCCUGUGGUCCUCCAUCCAUCCAUUCAUCAUCAUCUUCACAUCAGUCAGAAUGUCUGGACAUCUAUGAUCUUGAACAAGUUAAUUCUAUAUUUAGAAAGUUGUCCCUGGAAAGACCCUUCCGACCAUCUGUAACUUCAACAGGACGAAUCAGAAGCAUAAGUCACCCAGUGAACCACACAACAGUGGACGGAGAUAACCUCAUGAUGGAGAUUUCAGUUAUUGGCGGUAAUGAAAGAGGGAUUUUUAUCAGCUCGGUGAAGCCAGGAUCAGGAGCAGAAAGGGCUCUUCUAAAGGAAGGACAGCAGCUUAUAAUGCUAGAUGGAUGUAUAAAAGGAAGAAAACAAUCCGUUCCUAUGGACGCAUGCACUAAAGAAGAAGCUCACUGGACUAUACAAAGAUGUAAAGGACCAGUUACUGUCCAAUAUAAAGUAAAUGAGGAAGGUUACAGAAAACUGCUAAAAGAUCUUGAAGAUGGUAAAAUUCGCUCUGGAGACUCAUUUUUCAUCCGUUUGAAUCUAAACAUUUCGAACCAAUUGGACAGCUGCACGAUGUCCGUACAAUGCGAUGAGAUUGUUCAUGUCCUUGAUACCAUGCAUCAGGGAAGAUAUGAGUGGCUGUGUGCCCGAAUUGAUCCAUUUACUGACAGAAACCUGGAAUACGGGACUAUUCCUAGCCACAGCAGGGCUCAGCAAUUACUUCUCGUGAAGCUUCAAAGAUUAUUACAAAGAAAUAAGGAGGAAAGUGAAGGUUCCAGCAACACAUUGCGAGCCAUGAAGAAUGCCCUUCAGCCUGAAGAGUAUCCAAUGAAUGAUCCUAAGAGCAGUCCUCGGCUUUCAAGAGCAAGUUUCCUUUUUGGACAAAUCGUCCAGUUUGUCAAAGGAUAUGAGAACAAAUACAAAAGGAUGAACAGCAAUGAACGUGUGCGCAUGGUGUCAUAUAGUUCAACCUCUGUUGAAAGUUUGAGGCUCUUAUUAGAAAAGCAAGAUGAUUUGGAACAAGAUAAUGACCUAAGAAAAAGCCUGGACCUGGUACCUUACAGUUCAGUUCGUCCGAUCCACGUUGAGAAGAGGAGACCAGUGCUCUUUUCUCCUAGCACACUGGCCAAAACCAUUAUUCAAAAAGUGCUUAACUCUUCUGGUGCUUUAGAGUUCAAUAUAUGUAAGCCAGAAAGUGGAAUAAAAGAAGUUUUCCUGAAGAAACAGAAAACAGAGACAAUUAUCUAUUCAAGAGAAAGGAGCCUGAGCACAUAUGAGUGGAUCACUCCGGCUAAUGUUGAAUCUGUUGUUUCUAAGAAUACACACUGUUUGCUUGACAUUGGAUUGCAAUGUACAAAGGACUUAAUGAAAGCAAAAAUUUUCCCUAUUAUUCUUUACAUCAAAAUGCCUGAGAAGAACAUGAAAAAAAUCAGAAGACUGUUAUCAAAGCAGGAGAAUGAGGAGGAAUUUCUGCGUAGUUGUCGUCAGAAAGAGAAGGAGUUAGAGGCCCUCCCGUGUCUCUAUGCAACUAUAGAAGCAGAAGCGUGGAACAACUUUGAUGAUCUAAUUCGUGUACUCAAGGAAAGGAUUUCGGAGGAACAAAGGAAGACCAUUUGGAUAGAAGAUGAACUUUUUUGAAGGAACAUUUUCCCCUAACAUAAAACUAGUUAUCUGGUGGUAUAAAUAAUGACUUCCGAAGUUCAUGGGACAUGGUAGAUAGGAUGAAUAGUAAUAUGUUUCCUUCCCAAAAUUAUAUGUAGCAGUGCAUGGAAGUGUGGGAAAAUAGAGGAGAACAGGACUUUACAUUCCAAGAAAAUGUCUUUUUUCUUUUAAAUAGAACAUGAUUAUUAUGAAGUAUUGCUACUUAGUAACAAUCUACAGGGGAAAACUGACUUUACUUUGUUGUGUUUAAUCACAUUGUGUCAGCUUUAACUUUGUUCUAUUUUUACGUCUAUGAAGCUAUAUGAAGCCUUGUUUUUGCACGAUGAGUUGUACAUUUUUCGAGUCCAUUUCAGCAUAUAUAUAAGUUAUUGUUUAAUUUAUAACAUGCAGAGUCAUCUGCUAUGCCAUACCUGGGGUAUGCUCUAAUACACAUCAGCACUGGAGACCCCUUUUUCGGGCCCUAUUCAGGGGCUUUAUUAAGGGCCGGGGCUCUCCCUUGUCCAACAUAUUAUUGUACAUUUUGCACAUUUGUAAUUCCAAACGGCCAUAGAAUGUAUCCUGUUAAUAAAAAUAUGCAUUAUGAGAUAUACAUUAAUAUUUAUAGUCCAGAAAUGGAAUUUUGCUGAUACAUUAUUCAAUUACAGAAGAGUGAAGAGGAGGGGAAGUUGGUCAUGCUUCCAAAAAAACAUAUGAGAGGCGGCACACUGUAGUAGAGUGGUAAUUUUAUUCCAUGUUGCACGUGAACAUCACUUUGCUAUAUCAUAGACAUUUGCUCUUCAUACAAAAUAUUGCAUCCCUUAAUAGAACUGCAAUGUUUUAUGUCUAUUCCCUUUAUCAAGAAAGUAAAAGCAGGUCCAGGACCAUAACAAAUGCUAUACUCAAGCCACGUGGAUGGUACACAGUGUUUUUCACCUUGGCAACCAUAUUUUGUUCUUCCUCAAAUACAUCUAAAAUAAAAAUUGAUGCUUUUCAAUGGCCAUUGUUAAUAAAACUUACUCUUGUGUUACUCCUCUCCCUCAGACCACUCUUUCUAACCUACAGAAGAAGGAGGAAAAA